AUGGCUGCCCCGACCAAAUUCAGCUUUUCCGUCAGGCGCAUCCUGGAUUUGCCUGACCUGGAUGCGGAGGCAGCGCCGCGAUCCUCCCCGGUUUACUCCACCUGCUCCUCCAGCUCGCCCUACACCUCCUGGAUGGACUGCGACCGGAGUCCUUGCAUAUCUUCUGAUGAAGGGAGCCUCGAGGCCUCCCCCGACUCAACCAAGCCGGAGAACUCGGAGCUCGACAAGAGCAAGAAGAGCAAGAAGCGCCGAGUCUUGUUUUCCAAGGCCCAGACACUGGAGCUGGAGAGGCGCUUCCGUCAGCAGCGCUACCUGUCCGGCCCGGAGCGGGAGCAGCUGGCCCGGCUCCUCAGCCUGACCCCGACCCAGGUGAAGAUCUGGUUCCAGAACCACCGCUACAAGAUGAAGAGAGGCCGGGCGGAAGGAGCACUGCAAGACUUGGAGAUAGCGCAGCCUCCGGUGCUGCGCCGGGUCGUUGUUCCGAUCUUGGUCCGGGAUGGGAAACCUUUUCACACCUGCAUACUUGAAACGGAGAAAGCUGGCUGCUUGUCUCCUUCUCAAGCGGUACCCUUCCCCUUAGCCUACCCAUCUCUUCAGCAUCCGUCCCCCGUCUCUCUUCCUCCGAGGUACCACCAGCACUUUCCCACCGCGGCGGCCUCCAGAUUCGCCUGGAGAGACUUUUGGAGCGACUCGGUCCACUUUAAUUCUUUCAAGUGAAGGCCUCAUUUCAGUGCACAAACUCAUUUAGAAUAGCAUCAAAUGUUUUCUGAAUGUUUUGCAAAUUUUCGAGCAACUUAAACAAUUAGAUGUUCACCAUAGAACGAAAGAUAUUUUGCACAUUUUAUUUUGAUAUAUUGCGUGUUUUUGUGACUAUUUUUAAAAUGCUGAUAAUAUUUUGUCAUACAGGGGCUUAAUGGUGUAGCCUGUAGAUGUUUAAAUAUCCGGUGAGAUGAUGUAUUUCUAUGUAAAGAAGUUUAAACAUAAUAUUUGUAUAAAUAACUUUUGUUGAAGGCAAAUAAGAUACGUUAGGCUUUAGGCGGAGAUAGAAGAGGUAGCUGCACAGCCACUAUUAGC